GUCUUAACACUUCGCAGAGCGCUGAGACGCCACACUGAGCUCUGGAAGCUAGCUGUGACGGACAAAAGCCACACACACACACUUGGCAUGGAUAGCAAAGUCCUUGCGCUGGUGGCCCUGCUGACGGUCGUCAUAUGGAGCCCAGAGGCUGAUGCUAAACCCAUCAGUCUGGUGGAGAGAUGUUGGUGCCGGUCCACUCUCAACACCGUCCCGCAGAGGAGCAUCCGUGAGAUUAAGUUCCUCCACACACCCAGCUGCCCUUUCCAAGUCAUUGCCAAGCUGAAGAACAACAGAGAGGUCUGCAUCAACCCCAAGACCAAAUGGCUGCAGCAGUAUCUAAAGAAUGCCAUUAGCAAAAUAAAGAAGAAGCGCUCAAAGUAAACACCUGAGGAUGUGCGAGGAGGACCACCAUGCAUCUCUGACCUCCAAAGAGUCGCCCGUCCUCUUCUCUCACUCUCUUUGAUCACUCCUCCUCUUUCUGGACUGCUUGCACAAACAGCACUUCACCUAAACCUGCCUCUCAAGCAUCCAGACAGCCUACAGCUCACCAAAACACAAGCCAACACCUUCCUCCUGACGCACUGCUACUGCGGCUGUGAUUACUGACUGAACGAGGCCAAUGAAUGUGACCAUGAACGUUUGAAUGUGAAGGCAAGAGAGAUAUCUACAGGUUUUCCGCAACUUAAAAGGCAGUAAAAAUGAGAGUUUGUGUCAUAGUUGUGAGGGAUGUCUAACCUUUACGAUAGUUUGGGAUUAAUAAGGGACAUAAGCAAGUAAAAAUGAAGCAGAAAUUUAAACUGCCCCGUUCUCGCUUUCACUUUUUGUUAUUUUGCUGCUUAUAACUUAGUAGAAGUGUUUAAAGCUCACCAGCACACAUGAAUGAUUCAGCAUGCUAACGCUAGCUCUGUUCCAAAACCUACUGAGCCACCUACUGAACAAAAAUUUCGCGUAGAAAAAACUUUUUUUUUUACUCAGAAAUUGCUAAUAAAUAUUAAAAUAAAUUACAAAGAAAUGGCAAUUGACCAUGAAAUUUUGAAGUAGAAAACCUGAAAUAGUUUUCUCUUGUAAAACGUGCUCCAAAAACCUUUGAAAAAUAAUUUUACGGUGCAAAAAAAAAAAAAAAAAAAAACACAGCCUCGACUUCAUUUGCACCAAAAAAUACAUAUGGCACAACCCGGCAUAAGUUCUAUUAGCUUAGCAAUAUAUUAACGUCAAACUUUGGUGGAGAAUUUCAAACAAUUUACUUACUAAGUUCCAUAACGGUGCAGACAGUAGACAGUAGUGCACUUUGUAGGCAGCAGAUAGCAAGGUUUUGUAACAGAGACACGUUUGACACAGGGCUGCUACUACAGGAAGCAGAAUCACAGUUUCCUGUCUUCCACUUCCUCUCUGCUACCGAUGUGUGGCAAAUGCCAGACACUGAAAUUCAAGAAAUAUGCAGUAUAAAGCAGAUAUGCUGUAUGUAUAAAGCAGGUGUCGUUAAUGCAAUCACGCCACGGCAGCUUAAAACGUCAGCUCAUGUGCAUCGAGCAACAUUCCAUGACUCAGGCCUUAAUGAACACCAUCUGCAUACAGAUCUUGUGUCAUACUGGUUGUAUUUUGGAUCCAACAGGACCAACCAACAUGUAAAUAUUCUCCAGCACUAAAUGGCUGUCAGUAAAUGGGUUGAACAGGGACCAAAAACUGAAAAAUGCAAGUGAUUUGUAGGCAAAAUUAAUAUUGCUUUAUGUAUUCCAUAUGUAUCCGUUUUUUGUUUUUAGCCACAGAAUUAAAGGAUGUGACUUUGAUUUUGGUUUUUAUGACAUUAACACAUUUAUCUAACACAUUUUUUUUUCUGUUCUGAUAAUGUUUUGACUCAAAUGCCCAAUUGCUGUAAUGUUUUUGAGCCACUUUAAAAAUAUAAGGAGUUUGUAAUGUAAUGAUUUAUUUUUGUAUUUUGUAUUGAUAAGUAUGAAUAAAAACACAACAGUACAAUAUGAA